GUCAGGCGGCGAGGACAUAAGAUUGACAGAACUAAGUUGCUGCUUGCAAGUUAUCAAAGGGGUAGAAGGGGUGAUGAGAGUCUAAGGAGAACAGAGAGAAAUUGCACGGGGAGGGCCGGCUUUGAAAAAGGAGUGAGUUUGGUAAGGAGGCACAACAUCUCCGCAGCCGUCUGUGAGAGCAACCGCGUCGAGUACGGGACUUGGCAUGCAGACACAAAAUCAUCCUUGAGCAUGUUUAGUUCGUCUGCGCGAAAAGUGGUGAGCGUGAUACGAGCAUGUAUAGGGAUGAGAGAGAGCUCGUGAUGUCUCUUUUUCGUUUGAUAUGUGUCUCUGUCCUUGUCCACAAUCGUCAGAAGCCCAGUCUCCCUUCCCCUCGACGCAGCAGGACCGUUUUCAUAAAUAUGCGCUUCUCCCUCGCCAUCGUCGGCGGACUGGUUGGUUGCCCAGACCACGUAGGCAACAUGGCUGUUCUUCUAAGGCCCAUAAACUCAUCUACAUUCUUGCCGACAGCCUUAGCCCAGCAUUCGCAAACCAUACUCAUGAAAACGUCUCCCUACUGAAGAACGGCAAGAAUCCCAAGACGGUCUGUAAGCAUCCAGCUCCGCAUGCUGGCCACAUCCGAGACAUCAUCAUGAACAACAAAGUAAUGCAGUUCGUCGAAAUGUGGAUCAACAAACACUCGAACACCAUCACGGUAUUCGCGGCAAACCACGAAUGUGGUGGCUGUAUGCUCAAUGGCUACAACCCUCUGCCUCUCAAGAGUGUGACAAUGUCGAUCGAGGAGUCGUGGAGACUCUGGAGCGCUUACGGCGGUACCGUCCGCCGCUCAUAGUUAUUCGAAAUAGUUCUGCCCGAAUACGACCUUGCUGGCGUAGGCAACAGCGACAUUGAUUCGAUCUCCGCCCAAAAAGCAACCCAGGUUCUGAUUUGUCC